CCAGUAAACCACUCACAAACUUUUCUCUCCCCAACUAUACAUACAACAACUGUAUAUAUACAUCCUCCCUAUAUUUUCUCGAUUUUGAAUUUUGAAUUUUGUUGAAUUUCUGUGUUGAAUCGGCUAUGGCGACGAUGUCGCAGAAGAAAGAUGCGGAUCGGAUCAGGGGGCCAUGGAGUCCUGAAGAGGAUGAGCUGUUGCAGAGGCUGGUGGAGAAGCACGGGCCGAGGAAUUGGUCUCUGAUCAGCAAAUCGAUUCCGGGGAGGUCCGGGAAGUCGUGCCGGCUGCGGUGGUGCAACCAGCUGUCGCCGCAGGUGGAGCACCGGGCGUUCACGGCGGAGGAGGAUGAGAAGAUAGUUAGGGCGCACGCGAAGUUCGGGAACAAGUGGGCCACCAUCGCGCGGCUGCUGAGCGGGCGGACGGAUAACGCGAUUAAGAAUCACUGGAACUCGACGUUGAAGCGGAAGAGCGCGGCGGCGGCGGUGUCGGAGGACUCGAGCGGCUUCGAGCCGCGGCGGAAGAGAUCUUCGAGCGUCGGGGCGGCGGGGGUGAAUGUUUCGGGUUCGGGUUCGGUUUCCGGGUUUUAUGUGAGCCCCGGGAGCCCGUCCGGAUCUGAUUUGAGCGAUUCUAGCCUCCCUCACCUUUACCGCCCCAUUGCUCGCACCGGCGGGGUCUUUCCGGUGACACAGAUCGAAACGGCUUCUUCGCCGGCGGCGAAUGAUCCUCCGACUUCUCUCACUCUCUCUUUACCCGGAUCCGAUACCUCUGAAACUCCCAGUCCCACCUCUGUAACCCCCACCAGUCAACUCGUACACUCACCCCACGCGCCGCACGCGCCGCCUCCGCCUCCGCCACCACCACCACUCCCCAGAACCCCUAUUUCUUUCACCCCCGUGGUGGCUCCACCACAACCACCGCCGCCGCCGCCACCGCCACCACUCCCUUCUUUACCCCCUCAAACACAUCAAAACUUCGAGUUUUUACCUACGCCGCCGCCGCAAAUGGCGGAGAAACCGCUCUUCAGCCCAGAGUUCCUGGCCGUACUGCAGGACAUGAUCAGGAAAGAGGUGAGGACUUACAUGUCCGGCGUCGACAAAAACGGGCUCUGUAUGCCGACUGAAGCAAUCCGAAAUGCCGUCGUCAAACGAAUCAGCCUUAGCAGGAUCGAAUAACUGAGCUUCCCUCCCUUGACGGUAGUGCUUUUGUAUAGGAGAUGGUCGGUCAAUGUUAAGCUCGCCUGAACUCCGGCGAUCGUCGAUGGGUUGCUCUUCAGUCUUCCCUUGUAGAAUUUCCAUCAGUCUGUGUCUGUCUAUAAAAACAAAAUAAUUUUGCAGGCAUAUAGCGAUGAAAGAGACGGAGAGAUCUCUAAACAGUAGUCCCGUCGAUGAGAAAUCGCCGGAAAAGAAGAACCAUAUCGGAAAAAAUGGACAAUUUCCGGCUGAGAUGCAAAAUUGAAUUCUGA